UUUGGUAGUAAUGCUCGGACUGCAGUCAAAAUGGCAGACCUGUCGACGCCUUCGCCUCGAUUCGAGUCGUCCUCGGCAAAUUCAAUUGAAGCAUUUUCUUCCGCUGCACGAGAGGAAGCCUCUUCAAAAAUCCUCCAAUGCAUGGAAGAAAAGUGCUGCUCUCAAAGUCGAUCAGAGAGAUCUAGGUUCGUGAAAUCCGAUGGAACGCUUGUGAUCAGACAAAACGGAGAGGACUCUGUCCAAGAAGUUGACUUGUCACGGAAUGUCAACACACGUAGUCAAUCGCUGCAGAAAACCAUCGAGGGUGUGAUUAUGAUGGAAGAGCUGCGUUUCAUCCAAAUUGAAAAUCCGGACAUAUUGAGCGAGACCAUGUUACUUUGGAAUCAGAGAGCAAAAGACGAUUCCACUUUUAAGGAGGCCUUUGAGUUCGCCAAUGACUUUGAUAUCAACUCUUUUUUUUAAGUCCAUCAAAAUUUGAUGAGUCCCAAAAGUUUCGAAGUUGACCUUCCCAUUUAAAAAACCGAAAUAGAUUCAGCUCUGCUUAA